AUGUUUGCCUCGAAACGUUUCCUUUUGUCUCCUUGGAACCGAACGGUUCCAAUUACUAUCUGUAGAUCUCUAUCCACAGCCCCCAAGGAAUUGAGCCAACAGGAUUCACAAGUGUUGGACCGAGUCAUUCGAGUUGACCAGGCUGGAGAACUUGGUGCUAAUCAAAUUUAUAAAGGACAGCAUUUUGUUCUUCAAUUUACGGACCCCAAAGUUGCACCCACCAUUCAACAUAUGUGGGAUCAAGAAAAGUAUCAUUUAAAAACUUUUGACAAUUAUAUCCUCGAGAAUCGGGUACGACCUACUCUGCUUCGACCAUUUUGGGAUGUAGCUGGAUUCGCAUUGGGGGCCGGUACAGCUCUUUUAGGUACGAAAGCCGCUAUGGCGUGCACAGAGGCAGUUGAAACAGCCAUUGGUGGCCAUUAUAAUGAUCAACUUCGUGAUACCGUUCAUUUGAAUGAUGCGGCUCCAGAGCUGGAGAAACUCCGUGACGACUUGGCAGAAUUUCGAGAUGAUGAGCUAGAACAUCUCAACACUGCCGUCGACGAUUGGAGUGCCAAGGAAGCUCCUGCCCAUAAUCUUUUGAAUAAUGCUAUACAAGCUGGUUGUCAAACAGCCAUUUGGUUAUGCAAGCGCUUUUAG